AGAAUUCGAUUCGCCAUAACCUUUCUUUGAACAAAGUCUUCAAACAUGUGCCUCGUGCCAUCACGGAGCCGGGCAAAGGAAGCUAUUGGCAACUCGACUGCUCUAGUGGCGAGGGUUACAAGCGCCCUCGUAAGCGCCGUAGCAAGUCUGCUCGAGCAGCGCUUGAUCAGGGUGACGAUGACGAUUCUUCGUCGGAAGGUGAUAUGGAGGGGAUGAAUGCACCUCAGGGUGGCAUGCCAGCAGGUCCGGGUCACACUCCACAUCGUCCUAGCCCUGCAGCAUCCGACGACUCCUACAUCGAUCCCGAUUUGAGACAGGGAAGUCACAUUGUUGGCGAAGGUCGAACCCGAUCUGCAUCGCGCAGGUCCGCAACCAGUCCAUAUCCUGUCCCUGGUUCUCAGCAGUCGCCUAGGUACCUGCAGAACCAGUUAUCGCCUCAGGAAAGUCCAGAAUCAGCGCCAAGAUUCGGUCAGCCGUCAUUUGGACAGGGAGGAUUCGGACGCCCGGGAUUCAGUCAGAUGCCGGCAGCCAGAAUGCCUCUAACCUCUGCGUCUUCAUCUUCAGCAUUUGUGGCGUCAUCUCCUGCGACGUUCGGCCCUGUUCCAGUGACGUCCACUCGUCCGCAACAUGCUUUUGUGACCCAAGAUCGCAACGCGCCUAUCAUACAGCCUACUCCCAGACCGGGCGUUGAGUACAUUCAUGAAGGUGGCUUGCCUAGUGCUAGACGCGUUCAAAGCUACCACCAAGGACAGUACCAGUCGUCUCAAGGCUUGCCGUCGUCGCAGCAGAAUAACUACAGCUACCCUUCUGACCCCAAAGGCAAGGGCAGGAUUUAAGCGUGCCAGUGCCUCAGACCGAUGAUCCCGCCCUCCUGCACAUGUAGGGGAUAAUCGAAAGUCUUCUGCAUAUAUUCUCUAUCCACUUCUUUCUGGUUUCUUUCCUCAGGCUUACUUUUAAUGUGCACUUCUCUUCUCUCUACCAUCCCAUGCACUAA